CGGCAUGUUUCAGUGCAGUGACAAGUUGGCUCAUGCUUUACCACUUCCCCCUAUGAAACAUCUGGCAGCAGCUGUGCAGAGUAACCAUUAUCUUCUGUGUUAUGAAGGCACUGACAACAAAAUAAAACGAGGUUCAGUUACAAAGUGCUUUUAAGAAAGUAGUCACCUUAAAUGAGCUUAAAAAAUAAUACAGGUGGUCCAGCCUUGGGACUUUGCAUCAAUGCUGCGCUUGAUUGCAACAUCCCUGUGCCUCCGGUGCCAGCAUGCCACAGCUCUACCUUUAAACCUGAGACCAUGUGUAACCCUGAGCUCAGCAGAGAACCGGCAGACAGUAAAGGACCUCUAUGAUCUCUCUGUGGACAUCCAGAAGAUUCGGAAACUUAAAGGCUGGGUGCUGCAUCAGAGUCAAGCCUAUACUAAACAGGUGGCUGAAGUGCUGAAGGACAUGGGAGCCUCAGACUCCAUUGUUUCCCAGAUCCUAGCGGUUCACCCUGAGGCGGUCCUGUGUCACCCAGAGCAGAUGCAAGCUCAGAGAGAGCUGUGGAUGUCCGUAUGCCCAAACCAAAAAGACCUGAUUGGUAUCAUUGAGAAAUUUCCAGCCUCCUUUUUCACUUCCUCCAGUCACCAUGACAACCAGCGGAACAACAUUGCUUACUUUCAAAGCUUAAACCUCAACAAGCGAAUCAUCACCAAGCUCAUGGCCAGCGCUCCCCAAAGCUUCAGCCGGCCGGUAGAGCAGAACGAAGUUAUGGUGCGCACCCUCCAGCAGGCCUACCAGGAGCUUGGGGGAGAGGAGGCCAACAUGAAGAUCUGGCUUCAGAAGCUGCUGAGCCAGAAUCCAUUUGUCCUACUCAAGCCUCCCGAGGCGCUGAGGCAGAACUUGCUCUUCCUGAGGGACAAGGGCUUCAGCACAGCAGAGCUCCUCCACCUCCUCUCCAAACUCAGGGGUUUUGUCACUGAGCUGGACCCGGACAGCAUGCGUCGCACCUUGGCAUACUCCCAAGACGCUAUGGGCUGCUCUGAGGCAGACCUGCGGGACAUCAUCCUCAACUGCCCGGCUGUGCUUUAUUACCCUGAAACUAUUCUGGCUGAUCGUAUUAAGUGUCUCCUCAGCGCGGGCAUCAGCAUGUCCCAAAUCAUAUUAACUCCAACUGUUUUGGAGCUGACCACACAGAUAGUAAUGUAUCGCAUCCAGCGGCUGAGGGCGUAUGGUUAUGAUGUAAGGACAGGUAGUCUGGAGGUCCUGAAUGGUACCAAGAAGGACUUUGAGGUAAGCUAUGGUAAACUAAAGCUACGUAGAGAGAGACCAAUUUUCAACCCUGUUGCCCCUUUAAGAGGAGACGACUGACAGAGGCUGUGUGGACUGAUUCAAAUUAAAUCUAAAACUGGA